AUGGCCUCUGGUCACCGCUACGAACUCGUCAAGGAAGGCGAUGACAUCGCGGAUGUGCCUCAGCACAAACGGACACCGAUCAUCUCAUCAUGGUGGAAAUUUUUGCUGUGCAAUCUCAUUGCAGCUAGUGUUGGAGCGGGAGCGAUGUUUCUCAUCGUUCGUGGUUCCUUUGCACCGCAACCUAGUAGCAGUACAGCAGCCAGUGUUCCUAUAUCCACAACCUCAUCGACCGGCCUCGCACUUCCCACUCCAACCACCGAGCAGACUCCUUCUGUCGAGCACGUGGAAGCGGAAACCGGGAGUGUGAACCCUUUGGCUGGCAAAAUUCUCGACUGCGGGCAUAACCCUGAAGAAGCCCGCGCCAAGGGCUGUGUGUACGACGUUAUGAUGCAAGACUGGGUCCCAGAACCAUGUUACGACAGCGUUCUGACCGAAAAAUACCUUGCUGAAGGAAACUGGACGUGGUAUGCGGACGGUGAAGGCAAGACCACCCUAUCGGAUGAAGAGAUGCGCAAAGGUGAACAUGGUGGUGCAUGGAUGUCAACAAGUUAUCACAAAGCUCAUUGCAUCUUCUCUUGGCUCAAAAUCAUCCGCGCACUACGCAACAAUCGAGGAAUCAGUCAGGAAUUGCUAUCUUACGACCAUGUUCUGCACUGCAGCCACGGGGCUCUGAAGGAAAGGUCUGACGACGAGGGUCUAGGCGUCCGGGCGCCCACCAACUAUGCGAAAUGUGCAUUAUACGACACCUGGAUACAAGAUUUGAUCCCGGAUAAACAUGAUUCGACACUACGAUAA